AUGGUAAAACCCCUUAAACCCCAUUACUCCCGAUACCUCCUUCUCGGCAACUCCGUUCCCCGCCGCUGUCCCUCCCUCCGUUUCUCAUCAAAAAUUGAUCUCCACAAUCACGGAUCUUCGAAUCUCGUGCACCGCGUCUGUGAGAUAUUAUCCAAUCCACGUGUGCCAUGGCGGGGCAGCUCGGAGCUUACAUCCCUGAACCAGAAGCUGAAGCCUUGCCACGUCUCGAAAAUUAUCGAGACCCACAACAACACCGAUUCUGUUCUUCAGUUCUUUUUCUGGGUUUCUAAAGCGCCUUUCUACAAACAUGAUAUGAGAUGUUACGAGGUUAUGUUGCAUAGGCUUGUUAAAGAUAAGAACUUUGCACCCGCAAACCACGUUCGGAUUCUAAUGAUUAAAGCCUGUAGGGACGAGGGGGAAAUUGUGAGGGUUGUCGACUUCUUGAAUGAAAUUUGUAGAAAGGGCCUUUCUUACAACUUAUAUAGCUUCAAUUCUCUCUUGAUUCAGUUGGGAAAGUUUAAUAUGGUUGUUGCAGCUCAGAAUGUGUAUAGGGAAUUAUUAAGAAGUAGGAUCAGUCCCAGCUUGUUGACUCUGAAUACCAUGAUUAACAUCUUUUGCAAGAAGGGAAAGGUUCGGGAGGCCGAGAUUAUACUGGCCCAGUUAUAUCAGUAUGAAUUUUCACCUGAUGUGUUCACCUACACUUCUUUGAUUCUCGGGCACUGCAGGAACCGUGACUUGGAUAAGGCGUUUUGUACUUUUGAUGAGAUGCUAAAGAAAGGUGUUGACCCUAAUGCAGUUACAUAUUCUACUCUUAUUAAUGGUUUAUGUGAUGAUGGAAGGGUGGACGAGGCUCUGUGCUUGCUUGAUGAAAUGAUGGAGAAUGGGAUCAAACCUACGGUGUAUACCUUCACUGUCCCGAUUACUGCAUUGCUUGCAGUUGGGCGUAUAGAUGAGUCGAUUGCUCUUAUCGCCCGCAUGAGAAAUAUUGGUAUACAACCAAAUGUGCAGACAUAUACAGCCCUAAUCAGUGGUUUGGCAAAAUCUAACCUCAUUGAAGUUGCCAUAGGGUUGUACCAGAAGAUGGUGAAAAGUGGAUUGGCCCCCACCACGGUCACGUACAAUGCUUUGAUAAACCAAUUGUGUGAGAGAGGGAAAAUAGAUACCGCCUUUAAUAUCUUUAACUGGAUGAAGAGAUAUGGCCACUUGGCCAAAACCGAAACCUAUAAUUCGAUGAUAAAGGGGUUCUGCGGGGUUGGAAAUGUUGAGAGGGCCAUGAUUCUGUUAAAUGAAAUGCUGAAGGUGGGUCCACCUCCUAGUGUGAUCACGUACAACACGCUCAUCAAUGGAUACACGAGACGGGGCUAUCUAGACAAUGCUAGGAGGUUGAUGGAGGUUAUGAAAGAAAAUGGAUGUAAACCCGAUCAAGUGACGUAUGCAGAGCUUAUUUCGGGGUUUUGCAAAGGGGAUAGGCUUGAUGAGGCGUCCACAUUAUUUCAAGACAUGAGUCAGCAAGGUCUGAGCCCGAACGAGGUGAAUUAUACCUCCUUGAUUGAUGGUAUGUGCAAGAAAGGAAAAAUUGAUGAUGCGUUGAAUUUAUUUAGCCAGAUGCAAUCGGCUGGUUGUCGUCCGAACAUUGAAACGUACAAUGCCGUUCUAAAUGGCUUAUGUAAGGAGAAUAGGUUUGCUGAAGCCGAGAAGCUUUGCAGUAAGAUGAUGGAAGCUGAGCUGUCCCCUAACGUGAUUACGUACACCACUUUAAUCGAUGGUCUCUGCCGGAAUGGUGGGUUCCAUCUCUCUCUCAAAAUUUUCCAUGAAAUGGAAAAAAGAAAUUGCUCACCCAAUUUGUACACAUAUAGUUCAUUGAUCCACGGUCUUUGUCUGGGAGGUCAGAUCGACGAUGCAGAGAUUUUGUUCAAAGAGAUGUGGACUAAAAAAUUAUAUCCCGAUGAGGUCACGUAUACCUUGUUGAUCGAUGGAUGUGUCUCUCUAGGUAGACUAGACCGUGCAUUUUCGCUGCUUUUUCAGAUGAUAAAUUCAGGCUGCAUGCCAAAUUACCGGACUUAUUAUGUUUUGCUGAAAGGAAUACAACAGCACAAUAGAAUGGCUUUUGAAAAAAUUGCUGUUGAAAAUGAAACUACAAACAGUCAGAUUUUAGAUUUAAAAGAUAUUACCUCUGAUACCUUUCGCUCUUUAUUAGUUAGGAUGUCUGAGGUCGGCUGUGAGCCGUCAGUUGAUACAUAUUACACUUUAAUUUCUCGGUUGUGUCAUGAGGGCAGAAGCCGUGAGGCAGAAGAGUUGGUUGAAUUUAUGAAGGAGAAAAGUCUGAGUCCUAAUGAGGCUAUAUAUUGCUCUCUUCUCAGUGCGUACUGCAAAAAUCUGCAAGUAGAUGCUGCUCUGAAUCUACUUAAUUUGCUGACUUCAAAGGGUUUCAAGCCUCCUUUGUCAAAUUAUGCAGCAGUUGUAUGUGCUCUCUGCAAAAGAGAACGAACCAAAGAGGCUGUGGUGGUUUUCUUGCGAAUGCUUGAGAGACAAUGGAAUGGUGAUGAGAUUGUGUGGACCAUCUUGAUUGACGGCCUUCUCAAGGAUGGGAAUUCGAAAGUGUGCAUGGAUUUUCUUCAUGCGAUGAAUUCCAAGAAUGUCCCUAUUAGCAAGCAGACGCGUUCAAUGCUAGCAAGCGAAGUGUUGAAAAUCGAUAAAUCAAGGGAUGAAAGCCAAGUGGACGAUGCUUUAGCGGUCCUAAGAAACAAGUAA